AUGCGUCUGAAUCUGAAGCAUACGCUUCUCCUGGCAGCCUCCGUGGGAAUCCCCUUCAAGGCAUCUGCCAGAGCCAUCGCUCGGCAGGAAUUAUCCGCAGGCUCGCUUCUUCCCAGAAUCGAGAUCCCUGGGUUCCCCAUUCCCAAGCCCGUGAUACCUAAGCCAGUCGUCCCAGAGGCACCCAUUGGCAAACCUCCUCCACGCACUCCUCAGAUUGAGCCUGUUCCUGUUCCUGUUCCCAAGCCGAAACCGAAGCCCCCUGUGCAGCAGCCCUGCAAGAGAACUGGUACCUGUGACCAAGCCUAUACAAUCUUCAAUGUCAAUUACCCUGAGAAAGGCCGAAUCCUCAUCAACAACCUCCGUGAGAAUAACAGGCAUCCUAAGACUGAUAGCCAUAACUUUGCCACGGUCGAGAAAAAGUAUAAGUUGAUGGCCACCAAGAAGACAAUGCCUAUUGUUGACCAGAAGAUCUCAGAGUGGAUGAAGGAGAAUGUCGGGAUCGACCUGGGUAACAUCCUCGACAAAGAUACCUCCUGGACCCGGUAUGAAGUCUGGGGCAAGCUCGAACCAGAACCGAACCUACCCACCGUGGCCGAUGUCUUUGUCUCGGUGAAGCACCAAGCUAUCCUCGCCAAGCGGCUGUUCCGCGAAAAUGAAAACCUCUACACACCUGGCUUCCAGCUCAAGGACAGACUGCCCAUGUCAGAGUGGAUCUUCCAGUUGUGGAAAAAGGCCGUUGCGGAAGGCAAGGCCGACUAUGGCAUUGAUGUCAAACUGAGUGAUCUUAAGGUCAUCGUCGGCACAGAUGUGGACAACCCUGCUGCUAGUAAAAUUAUUCCAAAGGUGCAGCAAGGAGUUGGCGACAACAAGGCUAGUUUCACUGUCAAAGCCUCAGAUGGGGAGCCAUUCGAGGCCCUUGCCGCCUCGAGUAGUGGCAAGUCCAAGUACUACAUGCUGACUGACCAUAACGGCCCGUCAGAGUUGAACAAGCUGGAGCCUCAAAAGGCAGAAAUCUCACUGGAGGACCAGGGGGGCAAGCCUGCUAUUGCUUGGAUUCUUGGACGUGAUUGA